AAAAAAAAAAUACCCAAAUUAUUAAAUAUAUUUUGCAGUGAGUCAAAUUUUUAUUUUUGCCAAAAUAUAUAUAUAGGGUCGGCCCUGGUGGGUUCAGUAGUUUAUGGUAGAACCUAGCUAAGAUUAGAAUAUAAUGCAUAUUUUGUAUGUAUAUAUACAGCCAAGUUCAAUUCAAAUAAAUCAAUUAAAAUUGGGAGAAAAAGAUGAUGCACUAAAAGCGUUACAGGGAUGGCGUAAGAAUGGAGAAUGCCCAGUGGGAACAGUUCCCAUAGUUCGGAUACCAACAAUAUCUUCUAAGUAUGGUCCAAAAACCUCCCAUUUUCAAUCUCAUUAUAUAACUCACCCUAAUAGGAGCCUCGCCAUAGCUACUGAAACGACUCCAGGUCAUGAGUAUGCUCAAGUAUCGAUGUUAGGUGGUCCAUUCUUUGGAACAAAAACAAAUAUCAACGUAUGGAAUCCAGAUUCAAAUGGAACAAUGAGUGUUUCUCAAAUUUGGGUUACCUCAUCUCAACAUGAACAACUUAAUGCUAUAGAAGCCGGUUGGAUUGCUGGUUAUCGUCAUGAUCCAAGAACACGAUUCUUCAUUUACUGGACAAGUGAUGGGUAUAGAAGCACAGGUUGUUACAAUCUUCAUUGCCCCGGUUUUGUUCAAGUAAGCAGGAAAAUUGCUCUAGGAGCUCUACUAAGACCUCUUUCCACCUAUAACGGGAAGCAAAAAAUCAUAACUAUUGUCAUAGACCAGCACACGGAGAAUGGAGAAUGGUGGCUGAAAUAUGGGAAUAAUCCAAUAGGUUAUUGGCCCAACUCCUUAUUCAAGACGCUAGGGGUUAAUGGUGCGGAGAUGUUGAGUUGGGGUGGAGAAAUUAUUAACAACGGGGCUGAUGGUCAUCACUCGAGUACUCAAAUGGGGAGUGGUCAUUUUCCUGACGAAGGCUUUGGUAAAGCAAGCUAUUUUAGUAACAUACAGUACAUUGAUGCUUCUAAACUCUACAAAGAUCCUGAGAAACUCACCCCUUAUGCUACCAAGCCUUCUUGCUACGAUGUCAAAGUAGCAGAUGACAAGAGUGGUGCUUUAGGCACUCAUUUCUUCUAUGGUGGUCCUGGCUAUUCUGACAAAUGUCCAACUUAAUUAAUUAAUUAUUAAUUAAAGAUCAUCAUCAUAAUAUAUCAAUUAUAUAUUAUUUUAUUGUGUUUUGAUUACAUUAUUAUAGCUUGUAUAUAUAAUCUUCUGAAUAUUUUUAUUUGAUAAGUUUGAAAAGAAUAAAGUUUUGAUGUACUUACUAAUAA